AUGCCGACUCUCAAUAUCAGCGAGCUAAACGUCGUCCUGGGCGUUCUAGGUGCUUACACUGUCCUAUAUGGCAUUAUCUCCGUGAAGAUCAAGCAGGCAUGGUACCUGGGAGAAGCGCUCCCUGCCGUCGCCCUUGGCGUUGCCCUCGGCCCCAUCGCCGCCAAGUUUAUCGAUAGUGAAAGAUGGGGCUCUGCAGAGUCUGGACAGACCAACGCCAUCACUCUAGGUGUUGCGCGUUUGAUGAUCGGCGUCCAGCUGGUCAUCGCCGGUUACCAGCUCCCAGCCAAGUACAACUGGAUGCGCUGGAAAGAAAUGGCCAUGUGCCUGUUGCCCAUCAUGACCCUGAUGUGGCUCUGCACAACGGCCUGCAUCAUGGCCACCGUCUCUAACCUGACCUUGCUCACUGCAUUGGUCAUCGGGUCCUGCGUCACCUGCACUGACCCUAUCCUCUCACAAGCCAUCGCCAAGGGACCCUUUGCUGACAAGUAUGUUGCUCGACCUCUGCGGGAGAUCAUCUCUUCUGAGGCUGGUGCGAAUGACGGGUUCGGCUUCCCAUUCCUGAUGCUUGCCACUUAUCUCAUCCGCCAUGCCGAGAGUGCCGAGCAUGUGGUGGCCCGGUCUGAAGAAGUGGGACGUUUGGGUGGCGGCGUCGGCGAGGCCCUCAAGUCCUGGGUCCUCGAGACCUGGCUUUACGUCGUUAUCAUGUCGGUCUUCUACGGAGCCAUCGUCGGCUAUGGUGCCUGCAAAGGUAUCCGCUUCGCGCUGAAGAAGAAAUUGAUCGACAACGAGUCCUACGUUCUGUUUCCCACCGCCUUGGGCCUGUUCAUUGUCGGAACGUGCGGCGCCAUCGGUACUGACGACCUUCUGGCCUGCUUUGUUGCGGGCAGUGCCCUCAACUGGGACGGCGAUUACCUUCGAGAGACGGAGGAGCGCCACGAUGAAGUCAACUCGUGUGUCGAUGUAUUACUCAACUUUGGCGGUUUCAUGUACAUCGGGUCCAUCAUGCCUUGGUCCGAGUUUCACGACCCAGAGGGAACCGGCCUAACUUAUGGUCGACUUAUCCUCCUCGGCUUCACAGUCCUCCUGUUCCGUCGCAUUCCUGCCAUCCUGAUGACGUACAAGCUGAUGCCAGCCGUCUGCAAGAACUGGAAGGAGGCCCUCUUUAUGGGUUAUUUUGGCCCCAUUGGCGCUGGAGCCGUCUUCUAUGUCGAGCACGCCCGUCACCAGUUCCCUGAACUUGGCCAUGGCGAUGAAGAGGAGACUAAUUUGGUCAGGCUCAUGGGUCCUGUCGUCUACUGGCUCGUGCUCUUCUCCAUUGUCGUCCAUGGGCUCUCGAUCCCGGCGCUCAGUGUCAUCUAUUCGUAUAUGAACGUCAAGCCCAUCCAGGAAGACGGCAUCGAGGUUCGCCGUGCGUCAAUGCAGAUCCCGAGGCCUAUCAACGCUACUCAGACUGGCGAAAACACAUUUAUUGUGCAUAAUCGCUUCAGUCGACCUGUCUUGAAUAGUCUUGACUUGCCCACUGUCGAGGGGGUUCCGGCGAAUGAAUCCAAAUUUGACGACACGAGUUCUCUGAACGAUGAGGACGAUCUGGAAGCAGAGAAGAGACGGGUGAAGAGACGAACUAUCAUGUACCUUGUUUAG